AUGAGUGGCUCAUGGAAAAAAUACGUCCUCUGGUUUGCUCAAGAACAUGUCGAUUUCCGACAAGCAGAAAUCUCCUCCUUGAUGCGCCUUUGGAACAUUCAAAUGAAAACCUCUUCAAAACAUAAUCCGGAACGACCAUUUUGGAUUGUGGAAAUGCAAAACGAUGAUUCAGCGCGCAAAAUUGCCUCGCGUUCUAUAUCACUGAGGUGUAUAUUCGAAUUGUGGGCACAUUCCAGUUCUGGCCUGGCAAGUUUCCACGAAGAACUACAACGGUACAUCGAUACAAACAAAACGACCCUACAUGAUUAUUUCGAGUCGAAGAAGUCGUUUAAAAUUUCAGUAGAAACGUACAAUAAACACUUUAAUCAAAAGGAAAAGGUUGCAAAAAUCGAAACCAUGCAAUACCUUCCAGUUGAAGGACCAGUUAAUUUGAAGACCCCAGACGUGCACUACUGGUACAUUGAAUUCUGGGGCAUGGAUCCAAUGAAUGUUCCGGAGCAACCGAACGAUGUGCUCUUUGGUCGGUGGGUCGCAGAUGGAAAGCGCGAUUUGAUAAAUGAAAUUUCAUUGAAAAAUCGAAAAUUCAUCGGGAACACCUCAAUGGAUCCGCAGCUUUCGCUUCUGAUGGCUAACCAGGGUCUCGUUCGUGAUGGCGAUUUAGUGUUUGAUCCGUUUGCAGGCUCGGGAUCGCUUUUGGUUGCCGCGGCCAAGUUUGGAGCGUACGUUGUAGGUACAGACAUUGACUAUAUGGUCGUGCAUGGGAAAUCGAAGCCAACCCGUGUGAAUCAGAAGGUACGAGCCGAAGAUGAAAGCAUCCUAGCUAACUUGCAGCAGUAUGGCUGCGGAGGACUUUUUGUGGACGUGUUGGUGGCAGAUUUUUCAAGAAGCAUUUGGACAAAGAACAUUAUCCUUGAUAGUAUCAUUACCGAUCCGCCUUAUGGUAUUCGCGAGGCAACGGAGCGAAUUGAAUUCAAAACUAAGCGUAAAACAACGGUAAUGACAGAAGAUGCGGUUCACUAUCCAUCCACCUCACCUUAUCAAUUGUGCCAGAUGUAUAAAGAUUUACUUCAGUUUGCUGCCGGUCACCUUAAACUUGGCGGCCGGUUGGUUUGCUGGUUUCCAACGCUAAAGAAAGAUUACGAUUGCGAUAUGCUGCCACGACAUAGAAACCUGACUUUGAUUGCUAAUUCCGAGCAGCCGCUCUCGGGUUAUAGUUCACGACGGUUGCUAACAUAUGAAAAGGUGUCGGAUUAUGAAGAAAAUCAUGACGGGUUCGAAAUGCCGAGCACUGUGGUUGAAAAUUUCCGAGAACGUUACUUUACCCAGCUGGCCGAGGAUAAUGGAACGCGCAAGGAGCGACGUCUAGCGUUACGGGAGACUGGCCGCAAAGAGGCUAUGGUACGAGGUAAACAACAACAGCCCGAUGGGAAAUGGCGCUAUCCUUCUGGAAGCACGUGA